GCUUCAUUAAAUUACUUAAACCCGAGGUUUUAUUUAUCAUCUAUGAUAUGAAAUGUGUCAUGUAGUGUUUGUGCGGCACAGAAAACAACGCUUGAUGGUGAACGAGCGAUGCACUAAACCUCGUAAAGACAAAGACUGAACUAACAAAAAAAUAAACACACAACCAUUUCUGUGGAAAACAAUCGCCAUUAUAAGAGUCUCGUGCGAGUCAUUAGCUUUAAUUUGACUGAUUGAUGCCCGGCUGGGUUUGCUGUCAUUAGUUAAAAUGCUUUCAGUUCGUUGUUGACGCUUCGCUGUCGUUUACCUGUUGAAAUGAAAACAAACUGAUCAGAGAACAAAUUCAUGGCGGUCCAUAAGCCGGUCCUGGAGCUGAAGGAUGUUCCCCCUCCUCCUCCCCACAGUUCUGCCCCACAACCCCUCCCACUGCCCCACCCCUGUCUCCAUCCUCUGCAGGACUCCUGGUCAACGCCGCAAGGCAGCCUCACAGUAAGCGUGUGUUCUCGCUGCAAAGCAAGCAUCGGUCAGCAGCAGGACUCCAACAUCGGCACGGGUGGAGGGUUUCCUCUGUAUCUUUCUCACUCACAAACAGACACUUGCACCGCCCUUCAUCUCUCCCCUCUCGCUCAGCGGGGCACCGGUACGCCGCUCCAGACGCCCGGAAGCUUCGAGCGACCCUCUGCGGCGACCUGCUGCCACGUGCCCUGCUGCCCGGGGGCGAGGCAGCCGCACGUUUGUCCUUCUCUCUCUAAAGUCACGGGCGUCUGUCGCUGUUCCCGAGACCCCAGAGUGCAGCAGCAGCGCCCAUUUUCACACGGUGACCCACCCUCACCCACUCACCUCUGCCCCAGCGCGCUUCACGUCAGUGCUGAACGCACUUCAUUCGGUGUGAAGGGUGCUCGCUGCUUUCACGACUGCUGGAGAAAGAAUUUAAACUCCGACUCUGAGAAGGUUUGGCCGAACAUCCCCCCUCCUGUUCCUGCGCCGAUGUGUAAUGGCUGUGGGGUGGCAGGAACGUCCUCUGAGGGUCUGCUGGGUGCCCAUCUCAUCAAGACCGCUCAGAAAUAUGGUUCUUCAGAGAGCUGCGUUCAGGACACGUUGCCCCCUGUUGGCGUUUUUUGGGACAUCGAGAACUGCGCUGUACCCAGCGGGCGCUCCGCAGCGACCGUGGUCCAGAGACUCAGAGAGCGUUUCUUUCAUGGUCAUCGCGAAGCGGAGUUCAUCUGUGUGUGUGACAUCAAUAAAGAGAACAAAGCUGUCAUCCAGGAGCUGAACAACUGCCAGGUCACGGUCGCCCACAUUAAUGCUACAGCCAAAAACGCAGCAGACGAUAAGUUGCGCCAGAGUCUGCGGCGAUUUGCUGAGACGCAUGCCACACCUGCCACUGUCAUCGUUGUCUCAUCGGAUGUAAACUUUGCCAGCGAGUUGAGUGACCUGCGUCAUCGUCACGGUUUCCAGGUGAUUCUGGUACAUAAAAGCCAGGCCUCGCCCGCCCUGUUGCAGCACGCGCACAUGUGCGUUCCAUUCGAGGAGUUUGUGUCGGACCUUCCUCCCGGGAUGGUCGUCAAAUCGCAGCCCAGUUUCAGUCUUCUGUUUGUGCAUCACCUCCCUGCUCAUCGUGACGGCAAAGUCGUCGCAAACCGCCUGCAGCGUCUCUCCAAUAACUGCGGUGGUAAAGUGUUGGGCGUGUCCGGCAGCAGCGCCGUGCUCAGAUUCGCCAGCGCUGACGCGGCCGAGCGCGCCCGCAAGCGCAUGGAAAACGAAGACGUCCUGGGCCACCGCAUCACAGUGUCGUUCUCCCCUGAUGGGCCGGAGGAAGAGGAGGAGCGUCCCCCGCCUCCCGCCUCCUCUUCAGUCUUCCUUCCCCUGGAGAAGCCACGGUCGCCCCGUCGCCGGCGGCGGGCAUCUCGAUCGUGGCAGUUGGGUCGAGAUGCGGGGAGCCACGUCGCAGAGCGUCCCUAUAGCCCCAGGAAAGCAGGCCACGCCUCCUCGUGCAGCCCUGUGAUGAAACCCCUCCCCAAGGCAGCGUGCGGUGCGGCCCGACCGGCUUCCUCGUCGCCUCAGAGUCACAGCCUCCUGUCUGCGCCCGGCAAACCCGCGGACCUGUUUCAGCGUGGCCGGAGGCGAGAUUCUCCCGGCCAGUCGUUUCAGGUCAGCACUCCUUCAGCGUUCAGUAAACUGAGUUUACAGCGCAGCUUCAGUCCCAUGAUUCUCUCUCAGAGCUCGUGGUCAUCACGGAGUGCCUCCCCCUGCCUGUCGAACCGAUCGUCUCCAAUCAGCGCUCCAUCACCUGUGAGCUGCACGGAGGGCCCUUCGGAGCCUUUCUCUGAUGGGGCCGACAUCCAGGUGACAAAUCUGGACUACAGGAUGUCUCGCAAAGACCUGCAGCACAUACUGAGAGAUGCGUUCGCCAAACACGGCAGAGUGAAGAGCGUGGAUCUCAGUCCUCACACUGACUAUCAGCUAAAGGCGCGUGUGCACAUGAGCUCGCUGCAGCAGGCCAUCGGUGCCAUCAGUCUGCUGCAUCGCUACAAAAUCGGCAACAAGAGGAUUCACGUGUCGCUCGUCACCGGAGCCAAUAACAAACCGCUGUCCUGCCUGAGUUCACAGAUUGUCAGUGUCCUGCAGGAUGCGCCUGCCAACUGCCUUCCACUCUACAAACUCACAGAGACCUACGAGAGAAAGUUUGGUCGUAAGCUGGCGGUGAGUGAUUUGUACCGUUUGCCGGAGCUGCUGUGCGUGCGUGAGCAGGCCGGCGGGCGACUCGUCUGUCUGCUGUCCAGCACUCAGGCCCGGCAGAGCCCGUUAGGAUCGGCACACUCUCGUGACAGCUCCAACACGGCCAGUCCGGUUCUGUUCGAGGAACUCGAGUACCACGAGCCGGUCUGCAAACGACACUCGACCCAACAGGACUUCAGUGAAUCAGACUUUGAUCCGGAUGCUUACGUCAUCCCGUUUGUUCUGGUGUCACUUAAAGUUCUGGCUGCUCAUGUGCACAGUUUACUGCAGACUCAUGAAGGGACCAUACCACUGCUCAGUUUCCCAGAAUGCUAUGCAGCAGAGUUCAGCCCUUUGACUGUUGUGGAAGAGGGAAAGAUGGAGGGCAGCGUCCCGUUAGAGCACCUCAUCGCCUGCAUUCCUGGAGUCACCAUAGUAACGGCACAGAAUGGCUUUAAAAUCAUCAAAUGGAUUCAUAACAAACCCCCCCCGCCCAACGCAGAUCCGUGGCUACAGCGCAGUAAGAGUCCGGUUGGGAAUCCACAGCUGAUUCAGUUCAGCAGGGAGAUGGUGGAUCUGAUGAAGAACCAGCCGUGCUGUUUGAUGCCCAUCACUAAGUUCAUACCAGUGUAUCACCACCACUUCGCCAAGCAGUGCCGUGUGUCUGACUACGGUUACUCCAAACUUCUGGAGCUGCUAGAGGCCGUUCCUCACGUGCUGCAGAUCGUGGGUUUGGGCUCCAAGCGUUUGUUGACGUUGACUCAUCGCGCUCAGAUCAAACGCUUCACUCAAGAUCUGCUGAAGUUGUUGAAGUUUCAGGCCAGUAAACAGGUGCUGAUCAGCGAGUUCGCACAGGCAUAUCACUGGUGUUUCUCCAGGAACUGGCAGGUGGUGGAUUAUGGGAUGUGUGAUCUGAUGGAUCUGCUCGGCGAGAUUCCGGACACGACGAUCGCGAUCGCUCAGCAGGAGUCUGACACGCUCAUCUCGGUUCCAAAGAGAGAGCGCACGGGCGAGGAAGUGGAGCGUACGCGACAGUUCGGGAAGGAGGUGGUAGAUCUGCUGAGACAUCAGCCUCAUUUCCGCAUGUCCUUUAGCAAAUUCAUCCCAACGUAUCAUCACCACUUCGGACGUCAGUGCAAACUCUCCUACUAUGGCUUCACCAAACUCGUGGAGCUCUUUGAGGCCAUUCCCGACGUUCUUACGGUGUUGGAGUGCGGAGAGGAGAGGAUGUUGACCCUGACGGAGGUGGAGCGCAUUAAAGCUUUAGCAGCUCAGCUGGUGAAAUUGCUUCGAGCCCAGAGAGACUCGGGACUGCCUGUCAGUCAGUUGUUGAGUGAAUACAGCAAGACGUUUGGAUACGGCCUCCGUCUGCAAGACUACGAUGCUAACACACUGCUUGCCCUGCUCAACAAACUCUGCCACGUGGUGAAGGUAGUAGACGGUCACGAAGGGAAAGAGGUACAGCUGAUUAACAGGAAGUCGCUGCGCACCUUGACCUCCCAGUUGCUGGCGCUGAUGAUGUCACUUCCUGAGGAUUGCAAUUAUCUCGGAGUAGAAGAACUAAGGAAGCGCUACGAGCUCAUCUACGACGCGCCGCUCAACCCCUGCGAGUACGGCUUCAUCUCGCUUGGCGAGCUGCUCAAGAGUCUUCCCUACCUGCUGCAGCUGUCCGACGGUGAGGAUGGUGACACAGAAGAGCGAGUAAGCUUGACCAAGCUUUAUCAGUUUGCUCGUUGUGUCCGUGCGCUGCUCCACACGUACCAUUACAAUCAAAUCUUCCUGUCUGAGUUCUGGGCAGCUUUCAGUAAAUACACCGGCACAAAGUUCGAUCCUCAUACUUACGGCUUUAAGACUUUAGAUGAGCUGCUGGCUGCUAUACCACAGGUCGUCUGGAUCAAAGGUCAUGGGCACAAAAAGAUCAUAGUCCUUAAGAACGACAUGAAAGCUCGUGGAAGUCCUGUGCACAAUGGAGAGAAGAGCCCUCAUCCCGAUGAGGAUAACGGAGCCGUUGACAGCCCGACCGGCGGUGAGAUGGAGCUGCUGUGUCUGGGUUCAAGUUCUCCUGUGGAUCUGUUGUGCGGCCCUGUCCCGUCAUGCCUCCCGUCUCCUCAGCUACGGCCCGACCCGGUGCAGCCGCAGCCCAGAGAUCUGAUCCGCUUCGAGACUCGUUCACACACUCGCUCUGAUCGCGAGCCGAUUUAUGAUUGUCAGCCUCGGUCGGUCAAAGGUCAUCAUGCACCUUUAGCUUCUGAACCCAGGCCAGAUAUAGACAUUCAUCUAGCGAGUGAACCGCCGGAGUCCAAAACAUCCGCCACAGACAGUCCCGGGCGCAGAACGGCACGCAACAAAGUUAAACUGGCGGCUAAUUUCUCCUUCACACCUGCCCUCUCUGUCUAAAGCUGCGACACGCUGCGCACGUCAUUGUUUACGUGCUCCGCAUUACCGUCCCUCCUGCUGUACUCAUGUGUUAUAAGGGAUUAAGACGUUAUGUGGCGAGUUUUCACGAGUAAAUGUUCUGUUAUCAGACUUUGAGUUUCAGACCAGAGACGUGAUCAGCACGAGGAGCAAAUCGACCCAUCGCCGCUUCUCUAGAAGUUGUUUUUAUUUUCUCAAUGACUAGUUUUCGGUCAUUUGGUCGUUGUCUGAAAUGAGCCGACGGCUGCGUGACGUGAAGGAGAGUUUCAGGAAUCGAACCUCCGUCAAAGUGAAUGAUCCCUGUUCUGCUGAGACAUCAUCUGGUUCUGUGCAGCACAUGAGGUUUGCGUAAUGAAGGUGGAUUUGAGAUGAGAUGUCAAACCCCUCUUUAGUUUCUGAGUAUGAGAUAAAGUCAACCGUUCAGAUGACCGAUAGAAACGUCUGAAAGAGAUCAAGUUCAUAUUCUAAAUCAUGUUUAUUGAAUCUGUUUUUAGUUUUAAAUCUCAGGUGGAUAUUUGAGGUUGUGCAGAAUUAUGAGGUCUUUUUGUCUUUCACGAGUCCACACCAACCUUGAAACCUGUCGAGAAGUACAGCGGUCUGAAGAGCGAGCCCCAUACGUUCUUGUCAGCUGCUGGGGUCCUGCAGUUUUCAGAUGUGUUGUUUUUUUAGUUGAAAAGUUGGUUUGUAAGUUGUAUGCAGGUUGUGCAUAACCCCAUGUUUAAAAAGCAUUUGUUAGUUUUAUGUGUUCAGAUAAUCGUGUCAUGUUAUUUCAGUGAUGCUCAUGGGCGUAGCUCCUCUGAAUCUGCUAAGGUUGUUCUCUUUAACCUUGAGUUUGCCUCUUUGUUCAUUUUUGGCGUGCGACACGCGGCGACUCUCUGAGGACUUGAGCCUGGCUUUUACAAUAGCUUGUAUUAGUCGUGGCACCACGAGUGAGAGAUGCCAGCCGCGUGAGCUCUCUUCUGUUAAAGGUGGUUCGUGGAUGCGCAUGUGGAGCAGAGGAUCACGGGUCACUUGAGGAGCAGACGGUCAAAGAAAACAAAUGUCUGUCGUUGGCCUGCUCGAUUGACGUCAUUCAAAACGUGCUGUCCCAUCCUGUAUGGCUUUUUGUUUCAUUGAGGGUUUGUUUGUUUUUUUUGCUCCAGAUGUCUCUUGAUAACCUUUCAGUUUAAAAGUUUUUGGGAAGAAUUCUGUAUGGUACCAGCCAACUUGGGUCAAGAUAAAUUGUCUUUAGAAGAUGAAGUCUGGUUUUCUAUGCAUGUUUGCAUAACUAUUGGCUUUUGUGGUGUUGGAUGGAUAUUUUUUGGAUCCGUUAGGAAGAACAUUUAGUCGGUGUUAAACCACAGCAGAAAUGUAAUGCGUGUUAGUAGAUCUGUGCGUCUAGUCGUGUCUAGUUGUGUAUUUGUGUCUCCGUAUAUCUGACACAGUUACAGUAUUUGUGUCUGUAAUUCUCUCAGGCAGCCCAUACGGACAAGAAGACCCCUCAUGAAUUCAGAAGUGAUCUGAUUUAGCCUUGAGUUGGAUUUAUGUGAAAAUGAUAUGAAGUAAAGGGUCGAGACGCUGGAGGUCUUGGCUUAUGGUUUUAGUCUUUAGCUCCACCAAAAAUCCUUUUAGGACUUUUAUUUUUGUGGAUGACCAAAUGAUUUCUGUUCAGAGUAAUAAAUAUCACAAGCAUCAUUCCUGUGUCUGUUUUUUAAAUGUGUGCUUCGAAGUAUUUAUAUUUAUAAACUGAAACCUUUCUCAGAAUUAGGGGUUCAUUCAGAAACGUUUGAGGACUUUAGUGUAAAUGUGUCUGUACAGAAGCUGCGUGGCUUCAGUUUUUUCUGUUCAGUGUUGCUGAAGUCUAAUGAACUGAAUCGGGUAGAUGUCAGAAACAUUAAACACGUAUGAACAGUGAUGAAGGAAACACAAAUUUUAAUGAAAUAAUAACAGUAAAAUAUUUUCAUUUAAAUAAAAUAGAAAACAUGAAACAGAAUUAAGACUCGACUUCCUGCUUUUAAAACGGGACAGAUUAUUUCUUUUUCAGGAAAUUGGCCACAACAGUCAGAAACUUUUGAAAUGUUUGUCCGUGUCAGGUGGCCAAACUGUACACAUCACACUGAUCUAAACACGAUUAUUAUAAUGAUAUAACUGCAAGUCCUCUCUGUCUUGUGUGGGUUUACUCUGGCAUUUCUGUUACGGUCCAAAGGUGAAUUGGAGAUGCCAAGAUUUAAACGGGUUCAUCGGAUGCAUGUGUGUUGUCGUGGUUACGCAUCUGGGCUAAACUUAACUUUCGGUCUCUGUUUAAUGGUCUGACUAGUGGCUAAACUGAACUCUGGAACAAAUACCUCCCUAAAGACGAGGAUCAUGGAUCAGCGCUAUGUGAAGGGAGGUUUGGCAGCUGAUCUGUAGUUAAGAUCGUUUAUAUUAUAUAAGACACAUUUUACACAGCAUUGCUAGCUCAGUGUAGUUUUUGAUACGCUUCAGCUAUAAUUUGAACAAAGGUAAUGUACUUGUUGCUUACUUAGCUUAUCAGAAAUAAACUACUGUAAAAUGACUGUUAUUGAUUCUUUGUGGAGUUUAACUUACAGGACGUUACGUUUGUUCCAUGAAAGCCCAGACAGCAGACGACUCUGUGCCAGAUUCACACCGGAUCUGCUGACUUCGGCCCUGAUCCGGUGCAGAGUCGUCUGCUGUCUGGGACAGAUUAACUUGAUACAAAUUGUGCCAAAAUCAACUUUUUCUACACUAGCUGAUUUUAACAUAACAGUUUGUUGAAAAUAUUUUCUCCUUUUAAAGAAAAUUUUGUUUAAAUUGUAAUGAGAUUUCAAAUGAUACCUGGUUUAUGUGAAGGGGUUUCUGUCUGGACGUUAUGUGCAUGCUUUAUAAUUAAACAGGAUUUUGCAUAGACCUAUUGGUCUUUUCACUCUUAAAUUGUUGAUCUCUGAAGGCAUCCUAGAUAUAAAACUUCAACUAUAAUGUUUUUUUCCAGCUUUGUAUCUCAGUUUAAGAUCUGCUGACUUUGAAAAUUCAUUAAUUCAAAUAAAUAGGCGUUUAUCUGAAACAUUUACUUUA